GGCUUCGCUUCGGUUUGCUAGAUCGGUUAGGGUUCUUGUCUAAUUAAUUUGUUUUUAUAUUUUUUUUAUUUUGCAGGUUGUUUGUGCGAGAAGCCGGUCCAGGAGGAACGAGCCCGUGCAAGUUGUUGAAGAUGAUGAACCGCAGGUCAUUCUGGGAAGUUCAGGACCAAAAACCAUGCCCUCCGGCAAAUUGAGUGAAAUCUGCAAAUCUGAGAGGCUGAGAAAUCAACCCAAGAGAAAACCUUUUUCUGAUCUCACCAAUGGCUUGGCCCCCGCUUUCGGCUCAUUUCCAUCGUCUAUCCCAGAUGUCACCUCCACUAAACCCCCUGCUAGUGUUAUCUCCAAUGCUGCUAAGAACAAGAAGGUCCAAAAUCUCUGGCCCACUUCCACGUUGCGUGGCAUUCCAAGUGAUUUAGAUCUUGUCAAGGACCAAACAUGUUCCACACCACACGCACAACAGAGACCAACUGAAAAGGACUACAAGGGGAAGUCUUUGGCAGUUGCAUCAAGCUCAGAUUGCACUCAAUUAGGAAGAACUAGUAGCAUGAGGCUGAAGUUAGAGAGUGCACGUGUUGAUCAUUGUCAGGCAAAGUCCUUUUCAGUUCCUCUUGGGAAAUUCAAGAAGAAGCCCCGGAUUAGGGUGCCUGAGGCCAUUAAAAAACCAGUAUUGCCUCAAGAUUUUGUUGAAAAACAGAAAGCCUACUUUGCGGAGAUCGAUGCUUUUGAACUUCCAGAGGAGGUUGUAUUAGAGAAUGAAUUGGAAUAGCAGGAUAAAGAUUGAGGGACUUGUAGAUCGCUAACAGUAAACCCUCCUGUUACUAGGUCCAGUUAGCAUGUAAAUUUGGUGUAUAUACAGACUUCUUGCUGACACCCUUUUGUAAUUACAAUGCAACUAUUGACACGCAUGGAAAUAAAUGACUUUCGUGGCA